AUGCUUCACACGGUUACUCAAAGAUCAAAUGUUAACACAAUUAAUGAUGUACAUGCUACAGCCGAAAUUGUGUAUCACGUUUUGGUAGAAUCUUCACAGUCACAAUCUAAAAAUAGAGUUGCAGCAAUUGCUUCUCGACUUAAAGCAUUGGAAAAUGAAAGAAAUACUGUUAAUGAAACAAUUUCAUCUAAGGAUAAAUUUACAAAACGAACUGUGAAUAAAACGAUUGAUACUUCAUUAUCUUUAACUUCUAACAGUGAAAAAUCACUAAAUUAUCAACAAUCACCUCCAAUGAGAUCACCUGCUAGUCAAUCUUCGAUAAAAUCUCCUAUUAGCAUUGAAUCUGAUCUUCUUCAAUAUAAAAAUCAUCAUCGAGAUGAUAGUCUUUCUAAAAGUACCUCGGAUUAUCAAUCUGAGGCAAGUACUUUUCAAUUACGUUCAUCAUAUAAUGAAAAUAGUUAUACCGCUAGUACUGGUAUGACAACACCAAUUGAAACAAGUUCAAGUGAACAUCAUAAAGAAGAGUUAGAAAAGUUAAAGAAAGAAUAUGAAUCGUUAAAAGAGAAACAAAAACAUGAUUAUGAUAUUAUUAUACAAGAUCUAAAGAAUGAUUUAGAAAAGUUAAAACUUGAACAUAAAGUAGAGUUAGAAAAGGUAAAGAAAGAAUUCAAAGACCAAGAAAUACAAAAUGAAGAACGAUUCCGAAAUCAACAUGAAGAACAAAUUAAUAAGAUAAGGAGAGAUAAUAAUAUUGAAAAGGAUAAAUUAAUGGAUGAACUUCAAACAAUAAAAAUCUUAAAAGAUCAAGCCGAUAAAAGUAUAUUAGCAAAUAAACAGUAUUCAUAUCAAGAAAAACUUUCUAUGAAACAAAAUCACGAACAAGAAAUUGAAAAACUUAAAGAUAUGCAUACAAAACAAAUGGAAACUAUACUAAAAGAUCCUAAAAAUGUUAUAAUAGAGAUGCGACUUGAACAUAAAACAAUAGAACAAGAAUUACGAAAACAGAUUGAAGAAUAUGAUAAUGCUAUGCAAGCUUGGUAUCAUUAUCAACAUGAUGCAGAGGCAAGAAUUAAAGAAUCUGAAUCUCAAUUAUCUGAUAUAAUGAUUGAAAAAGAUGAAUUUAUAGCUGAAAAAGGUGAACUUGAAAGAAAGCUUGAUCAAUCUCAGGAAGAAAUAGCAAAUCUUAAACGACAGAAUGGAUCUACGACCAAACUUAUAAUCCAAUUUCAAAAAGAAACAGAAAAAGUCAUUAAAGAUCUUAAACAAAAAUUGGAUGCUAAAGAUCAAGAAUUGAAGUCUAAAGAAGAUAAAAUAGAUGGGAAUUCAGAAUUAAUUAUAAAAAAUCUUCGUGAAGAGUUACAGAAUGCUAGUGAAGAGUUGUCAUCUUUACAUGUUAAUUUGUCAAAUUUAAACAAUUUAAUUAAUGAUAAGUUAGAAAUUAUAUCAAAAUUAGAACAUCAACUUAAUCAAACAGAGCGUCAACUUAGUCAAACAGAACGUCAACUUAAUCAAGCAAAAGAUGAAUAUGAAGAUACAAUUCAAGAUUUAACUUUACAAAAUGAUAAAUUAUCACAAGAAAAUUCAGAAUAUUCGAAAAAACUUCAAUAUAAUGAAUUGAUAAAACAAAAUAAUAAGAUUAUAACGGAUAGGGAACGAAUUGAAGAUGAGUUAUCAAAAGCAAAAGAAGAAAUACGACAGUUUAAAAAACAAAUGUUGACAAUGAAGAGAGAUGUUGAAGAACUUAGAAAUGAACGGGAUAAACUUUUUAUUAAAUUAGAAUACUCUAAUAAAGAUAAUCAAAUUAAUGAGACAAAAGACAAUAUAUUAGGCAUGGAAAAGCGUAUGAAAGAACAAGAAUCUGGUAUAGAAAGACUUAUGAAAGAAAUGGCAGCCGAUAGAGAAAAGUGGAGUCAAAAAGAAGCAGAUCUUAUUUCAAAUUAUGAAUAUAAAUUACAAGAGAAAGAUUCAGAAAUUGAAGAGCUUCGAGAAGAAUUGGAGAUCAUACAAAAUGAAUUAGAGACCAUACAAAAUGAAUCAAAAGAUUUGAAAAAAUUAUUAGAAGAGGAAAAAACACGUAUCAAAAAUCUAGAAAUAAAAUUACGAGAGUCCGAACGUGAAACUCAUAAAACAAACACACAAAUCAGUGACCUCCAAUGUAAACUUGCUAAUGCUAUGAAUGACAAUGAACUGAUACAAAAGAAAGCAACUGAGCUUAAGAAAAUACUUGAAAACCAAACGAGUGAAGAAGAACUAGCUACAAAAGAGAAACUAAUUGAUAAAGAAACUGAAAUAAGCGAUCUCAAAAAGAAGUUAGCAGAUGAACGUGAGGAAAGAAACAAAAUUGAAUUAAGACUUGAGGAAUUAGAACAAUUAAUUACAAGAGCUGAUAAACAACUUGAAGCUUAUAAAAGUGAAAAGCAACAACUUUUACAAGAUCAUGAAUUUGAAAUGCAAAAACUUCAACAACAACAUGAAGAAGAAAUUAAUAACCUUUCUUUAGCGAUACAAGCGCGUAUAGAAUCAUUGGAAAAACGACAACGCGAUCGAUUAAGUGAUCGUGGUGAGGCAAAGAAAAUAUCUACUUUAGAGCGACGUAUAAUAGAAUUGGAUAGAUCACUUAAAGCAUCAGAAGCAGAACGUGAAAAAUUACAAAAUGAAAAAAAUGAAUUAGAUAGUAAAUUUAAAGAA